GUAUGAGGCCUGCACUGUCAUGUUGCAAAUGCAGAGUCCAUCCGUCUUGUGCCUGUUCUUUCUGAUCUAAAACAUUUGACUGUUCUAUGCAAUGCAGGCAUUUGGAAAAUCUAUAGCAAAAGGAAAUCUUGUAAAUGACGAGGGUGCUGAGCCAUUUGGACUGUGGAAGUGUCAAAUGAGGAAUUUAAAGCUGCAUGUGCAUACUGCAGAAGAUGAAAUGCUUUCCUUGCAAUUUCUCUCAGGUGUUUAAGACUUCUACCUCUGGUACUAAUUCACUGAUGUCAACAUCAUCUUUUGAUCAAGCAGAUAUCAUUUCAACUGUUGAAUUCAACUACUCUGGGGACCUAUUAGCCACUGGGGACAAAGGUGGCAGAGUUGUUAUCUUUCAGCGUGAGCAAGAGAGUAAAAACAGACCUCAUCACAGAGGCGAAUAUAAUGUUUACAGCACCUUUCAGAGUCACGAACCAGAGUUUGAUUAUUUGAAAAGUCUAGAAAUUGAGGAAAAAAUAAAUAAAAUCAGGUGGUUACCCCAACAGAAUGCUGCUCAUUUCUUACUAUCUACAAAUGAUAAAACUAUUAAAUUAUGGAAGAUCAGUGAAAGGGACAAACGAGCAGAAGGCUAUAAUUUGAAGGAAGAAGAUGGAAGAUACAGGGAUCCCGUCAGAAUAACCACAUUACGGGUGCCAGUAUUGAAACCUAUGGAUUUGAUGGUGGAAGCAAGCCCUCGAAGAAUAUUUGCAAAUGCACAUACAUAUCAUAUUAACUCCAUUUCAGUCAAUAGUGACUAUGAAACCUAUCUUUCAGCAGAUGAUCUUCGAAUUAAUCUAUGGCACUUAGAAAUCACAGAUAGGAGUUUUAACAUUGUAGAUAUUAAGCCUGCCAAUAUGGAAGAGCUGACAGAAGUUAUUACAGCAGCAGAGUGCCAUCCACAUCAGUGCAAUGUAUUUGCUUAUAGUAGCAGUAAGGGAACUAUACGACUAUGUGAUAUGCGUGCUGGCGCUCUGUGUGACAAACAUUCAAAAUUUUUUGAAGAACCAGAAGAUCCAAGCAGCCGGUCAUUUUUUUCUGAAAUCAUCUCCUCAAUUUCGGAUGUGAAGUUCAGCCAUAAUGGUCGAUACAUGAUGACACGAGACUAUUUGUCUGUUAAGGUGUGGGAUGUUAAUAUGGAAACACGACCACUAGAAACUUACCAAGUGCAUGAAUACUUACGGAGCAAACUCUGUUCCCUGUAUGAGAAUGACUGCAUUUUCGACAAGUUUGAGUGCUGUUGGAAUGGUUCAGACAGUGCCAUCAUGACCGGUUCAUACAACAAUUUCUUCCGGAUGUUUGAUAGAAAUACCAAACGGGACAUCACACUUGAAGCAUCCAGAGAAAGCAGUAAGCCACGUGCCAUCUUGAAACCACGCAAGGUUUGCACAGGUGGUAAGAGGAGGAAAGAUGAAAUUAGUGUUGAUAGUCUGGACUUCAACAAGAAGAUUCUGCAUACAGCUUGGCACCCUAAAGAGAAUAUCAUAGCUGUUGCUGCAACUAACAAUUUGUAUAUAUUCCAGGACAAAGUAAAUUAAAAUUAGCCUGGUUUAGGACAAGACUUGUUCUUGCACAGGUAAACCUAGUAACUUUUUUUCUUUGAAGAUAAUGAUCUUGUUCUCCAAAAUUUAGUACAUCUAAACCAGCUACAAGGGAAGAUUUGACCUGUUCAUUUGUGCUUGUGAUGCACUUUUGCCUUCAGUCAAGAUCUUACUUUCCAUGGCCUAGAUUGUCUAAACAUGAGAAAUCCACCAGAAGGAGACUGAAUGGACAGUGCUGGUCACAUACGGCUAUCUCUUCAAUUUACUUAAUCAAAUCUGAGCUUUGCAUUAUGAGAAAAAGACCAGAAGUGAAGCACAAAGCAGAAUUGAAAGCAUAUGAAAUCUGUCCUUGCUGCGUGAUUUUUGGCCUUUCUGAACAUGAGUUGUGCUUAAUUAUGCCUGUAAACAUUCCUCCUCUGUCUUCAGUCUUUUUGGCUCAAGUAUAUUAAGCUUGAAUACUUAAUGGGCUUUGAGUGGAGCCACAGGACUUUUUUUCUUAUUAAAUAACCUAUACUCACCCUGUAUCUAUAAUCAUCUUCUGGUGUAAAACAAAACUUAAUAAAAAUAACAGAUCAUGAAAAGACGUUUUUAAAUCUGAAGGUAUGUACUGUGGCUUUGUGAUAGUAUUUGCAGUGUGUACUGGGAAAGCUGAUUUUAAAUAACUUGAAUUUAACACGAAGUGGUGCAUGUACUUUUUCUGCAUAGCAGAAUAAGUGAUAAUGUAUGAUAGAAAUUCAAUUUGCAACAUUUCUCAAAAAUGAACUGAAAACUGAACUCCCUUAUGAAAGUAAAUUAUAUUUUUAUAGUUGUUUUUUAGUUUAUCAAGAUAACCAACUUAAAUGGAAGUGGCGUAGAUAAUCAGUUGUCUUACACUUCCUGCAAGUGACUGUCUAAACAGUGCUUCCCUGAACUCUGAAAUUGCUGAGAAUCCGUAGUAAUCCUCUAUUUCAUAAUACAUUUCGGAAUAUUCAUUUUUUCACAGUUGUAAUGUCCUGUCUAACUUCUGUUUAGAUCAAAGAUCAUGUAACUACUCUUUCUUAUCUCCAAAGUUACAGCCACGGUGAAAGAGCAAAAGAAAAUUGUAAUGUUCACUCUGAAGCUACGUUAUUCUUUGAAGACAGACUCAAUUAAUGUUUCUAGUCAAUGAACUUUUCUCCAUUCCGAUGUAAGAUUAUUGAUCUGAAAUGUUAAAUAUCUUUCUGUCUCCACAAAUGCGGCUUGAUUUGCUGAAUGUUUUGAGCAUUUUCCAAUUUAAAUUUUCAUUCCUACAUCCGCUAUAUUUACUUGUAUUUUGUCCCCUUUUAAUCACACUGCACCUUUUUUAAGUUUUCUUUUUCUGUCCUUAUUACUUAGUUUCUCAGAUUUUAUGCGAGAUGCAGUCUUGGUUUAAAAAUCAUCUCGGACUUGCUUCUGUAUUUGUGCUUGUUUCAGUUUUCUUUCCACUCUGAAGUUGUGUAAAUAAAGUUUGAUAUAAAUUCACUUAAUUUUAUGCAAUAACAUUAACUUGAGCAUGCAUUAAUUCAAGUGAGCACACCUUUUUUUUUAUUUCCCUCAACAGUUUUGUUUUUUUACCAUGUUUUUAGUCUGGGAAUACCCAGCAUUUUACUUGCCCUCUUCACCGUGCAAGUUUGAUUUCCUUCCUUUAUUCCCCAUCCUGAAGGUUUCUGUCAGAAACUGUUUAAACUUUAACAGAAAAAUAACUUGUGAUAUACAAUUUCUCUUAAUUUAUUUCAGCUUUAAUCAAGUAGCUUUUGAAACUACACUUUAGCAUAGUUGCUAUGUCAGAAUAUUAUUCAAUGUCAUGUGCAACAUUUUCAUUAAAUCCCAAGUAAUUAGCUAGCAGUCCUUUGUGGCAUUUAAAAAGCUAUAAUGCAAGAAUAUAUAAGAGUAUUCGUGAGAAAUUACUCUGACAAGUCAUUUGAAGCCAAGAAAGUUGAAAGCAAUAAUUUCGAAGGAUCCUGUGUCUAUUUGCAGGAAGUGUACAGACAACUGUAUAAAUCAUUGCAGUGAAUUUACUGUACAUAGAUGGGUAUUCUUAAUACUUUGUUACAGCUUAUGUGUUCUAACUUAUUGAAUGUUUAAAAUGUUUUGGAAAUAUAAGUAGGAACAUUGUAUUACAGAUAUAAGAGUUAUAAUGCCAUAUUCCAUUUAAAAAUCGCUUCAUUUUAGCACUUGAGGAUUACGUUUGACAAGUUCAACCGUGCUAAAAGUAACUUGCAUGUGCCUUUCAUUGUUUGUUUGCUUGUUUUUCUUUAUUUUGACAUGUAGAAUUAUUUAACAUAUUUUAAUUGUUUGUAUAAAAUCUGUUUUAAAUUUUAA